UGUGCUACCCCACACGACGAUGACCUCAAAUCCCUUACUUCCCCAGUACCCAUUCUGGCUCUUAUGACUUGACUUGUACGACUCUGCGACAAUGCUCAACACAUCGUAUCUUCGAACCACUGGCACAAACGAACUGAUAUAAGAGCAGGCUGUUAGAAGGAAACCUUCUCAUCGUCUCCAAGUCCGCUUGGUCUUGGACUCCUUUUCCAAUUAUUAUACACUACCCUCUUCAUACUCCAUAACAUCUACCACCUCAAACCUUCCCUUGGUAAUCAUUUUUUUGUCCCUGUUGUAUCUUGCACUCACGUAUCCGCAACGCAGCGCUACCACAAUGCCCAAAAGUCGACACAGUCAUUCCAAGGGCCACAAAACUUCUACAUCUAUUCCAGGAUUGCCUCACGUUGAAGCCAGAAUGAGACCUCCCUCCAGUCAUUCCGCUCGCCAUCAGACAAAUAUCCAGUACAACGUUACUAUCGUGAACCAUAUAUCCAGCUCCGAUCUCAGAUCUGGCCGUGGACAUGAGAUCGAAGGCCCACCAGAAAGACAUGCGGCGGCGUCCGUGGUCUCAGGGUCGACGGCAAGGCACCCAGCUCUCUUAGAACAUCACCCACCUUCACCAGUGCCUCCGGGAUCAACAGGUUACGUCCUACUUCCAUCGGGCCCCCAAGCACUAGCAAGUCUGCCUUCGCCAGGGUAUGUGAACUCACCGCCGCCACCUGCAUCGCUCGUGGACUCGCGUGCACCCUCUGUCAGAAGCGGUCCUCCUCGUAGCGUCUCAGGUAGUGCCUCUUACUAUCCCAGCCCUCACUCCCACAUUUCCUCGCUUCGAAGACAGGUCAGACCCGAAGACUCCGUCAGUCAGAUCUCUAGAGCUUCAACGGCAAGAGCGCCGGCACCGCCCAGCCACCAUUCAUCAACCAGCAGGGCGUCUGGACACCCUCACAGAAGCAGGAUGAGCACAGUAUCGAGGCACACGUUUGGACCUCCUCCCCCACCUCGUCAUUGAAGAGCUGGAAGAGGAGGAGGACGCGCAUCAUAAAUCCAAGAGCGAUGGAAAACAUCACUAGGGUCAUCAGAAGAAGGAACGUAAGUACGUUUUUGAGAGAAAGGAUCACUAAGGAACACCAAACAAAAAAAAAAUUACCGAGAAACCAUUGCCCUCUAUUAUUUUGAUACUUUAUAAGUCGGAAUGGGCAAUACCCCUUACCUUAGACACUGGCAAAUACUAUGUUCAACGGGUCCGCCAGUUACGAGCAGUUAGCUAAGUAGGAAGGGAAAUACAUAACUAGCUUCAGCCGUAAAUCUAAUAAGUCAGUCAGCCUAUCAGUUUAGAAGGCUGCUAACUACUCCC